ACUUUUUGUUUUUUCAUCGUCUGCUCGUUUUCCAAAUUUUGAAGUUCCAGUUAUUUAUUUUUUUUCCAUCAAUAAUUUAAAACCUUUUGAAGAAAAGUACUCCUACCGCUUUCUGUUAUUUCUUUUUCUUGAAAUUCCUGAAUCUGGGAAUUUUAAAUGAAAUUCACCUGUACAUUCUUAUGGUAAUGAAAUGGCCGUUCCAGUUAUUAGGCGUAAAAUUAUUGAUAUUGGUGCAAAUCUGACAGAUCCCAUGUUCAGAGGAGUAUACAAUGGCACUAGAAAACAUGUUGACGAUUUACAUGAAGUUUUGAGGAGGGCCGUUGCUAAUGGAGUUGAAAAGAUAUUUAUUACUGGUGGAAGUUUAGAUGACUGCAGAGCAGCACUGGAAAUCUCAAAAUCAUGUGAUAUGUUGUACAGUACUGUAGGCUGUCACCCUACUCGUUGUUUAGAAUUUGAAGCUUGUGGCGAUCCAGGUGGAUAUUUGCAACAGUUAAAACUCCUUGCACUUGAAAAUCGAAUAAAAGUUGUUGCUGUUGGUGAAUGUGGCCUUGACUAUGAUCGGUUAGAAUUUUGUCCAAAAGAAACACAACUGAGGUACUUUGAAUGUCAAUUUGACAUUGCAGAAGCUACAAGACUGCCAAUGUUUCUUCAUUGUCGGAAUGCUUGCAGUGAUUUGCUUACUAUAGUUCGGCGAAAUCGUGACCGUUUUACUACAGGUGUGGUUCAUUCUUUUGAUGGAACAAAAGAAGAUGCUAAGUCUAUUCUUGAUUUGGGAUUGUACAUAGGUAUUAAUGGAUGUUCCCUCAAGACAAGAGAGAAUUUAGAUGUCGUUGCUAGUCUUCCAAUUGACAGGCUUAUGAUUGAAACAGAUUCCCCUUGGUGUGAAAUUCGCACAACACAUGCUGGUGCCAAAUUAGUAAAGACUACAUUUCCAUGCAAGAAAAAAGAAAGAUUUGAAUUUGGUUUUCAAGUUAAAAGUCGAAAUGAACCUGCCAACAUUGUUCAAGUUUUAGAAGUAAUGGCAGCUAUUAGAGGAGAAGAUAUAAAUGAAUUAUCUGAUACACUGUAUGAAAAUACAUGUAAUGUCUUUUUCUCUGCUAGAAAGUGACUUCUUAGAAAGAAAUUUAUUGUUGAUUGUAUCUUUAGAACAGUGUUUCUCUCCUGGAGUGCCAUUUAACAGUAUUCUAAACUGUUUUGUGCUAAUACGAAAUUAUUAAAUUCUUGAGUAUAUUUUAGAUGUUAAACUGUUUAAUGUUUUUUUUAAAAAAGGUUGUUAUUGUGAGAAAAAUUGAGCUAUUGCCAUGUUAUCAAAUUGUUACUCAUUACUUAAAAUCUUUUGAAGCAAAUUCUAUAUUGUAAGUUUGUAGGAUACAGGGAGACACUUUUUAUGUUAAGGUGCAAGCUUUUAUAUUUAUUUUGAAUUAAUCAUAAUAUAAGUUGAUCAAAAUUAUUAAAUUCUUGAGAAUAUUUUAGAUGUUAAACUGUUUCAUGUUUUUUUCCUUUUUAAAAAAAGAAAAGAUGAUAUUGUGAGACAAAUUGAGCUAUUGCCAUGUUAUUAAAUUGUUAAUCAUCAUUUAAAAUCUUUUGGAACAAACUCUAUAUUUUGAGUUUGUAUAUGGAGUUUGGACAUGGAACUAGUUUGGACACUUUAAGUUAAAGUUUAAGCUUUUAAUUUAUUUUGAGUUAAUCAUAAAAUAAUUUGAUCAAAAUUAUUAAAUUCUUGAGUAUAGUUUAGAUGUUAAACUGUUUAAUGUUUUAUUUUUUUUAAAAAAAAAGGUUGUUAUUGUGAGAAAAAUUGAGCUAUUGCCAUGUUAUCAAAUUGUUAAUCAUCACUCUGUAUUGUACGUUUGUAGGGCUAGGGAGCUAGUUUGGACACUUUUUUAAGUUAAAGUUUAAGCUUUUAUCGUUAUUUUGAAUUAAUCAUAAAUUAAUUUGAUCUUAUUCUCUUUUAAUAAUUAUUUUUGUGCACAUUAAUCUUGUGAUAUGGGGUUUAUCAAUUAUAGAAAAGCAAAUAAUUAAUUUGACUUAAAAAAGUACGUUCAUGAAUUAUUGCUCUGAGCAAUGUUUAUCUUUUUCAACAUUAGGCUUCAUUAGUUUAUAAUUAAGAGCUCUACUUUAUUUCAACAGUAUAAAAUAAUUCUAUUAAAAAAAAGUAGCUGGAAAUUAUUUUUGUCCUUAUUUAUAAGAAAAAAAACUAUCUUAUUAAUUAAAUGGAAUUUGACAUCUAUUAUAUACAAUAGUGGGACAAAUUAAUACUUAACUUUUAACUGAGAGACAAAUCUUAUUACUUGUUGAAACAAAUCAUUAAAAGAAUAUCAAAAGUGCCAUUUUUAAAAUUGUAAUAAAAGUAACUGAAUUUCGUAAAUCAUAAGCAUUUUGAGUGAAUAAAAAUUUUAAAUGAAUUAAACUAUUAGUGUUUUCAAUAUUUUUUCAUGUAUUAAACUAUAUUAAAUUAAAAUGCCUUAAUUAUAAACAAAUUAUUUUCUUUACAAAAUCUAUCUACUUUAGUAAAAAAUAACCCUAAUAAGUUAUGAGAUUCCGUAAGCUAAAUCACCUUAAAAAGCUUAACAUAACUAUUUCACUAUCGCUCACAACUUUGUGAAGUCAUUCGUUCAUUUAGGUCUAUGAUUAGUUAUGAAAAGUAAAUAGUAUUUAAAACUGUAACAAGCGUAUUAGUAUAUCUUCUAUAAUUUAAAAGAAUGAGUAUUAAAUAGUCUGAAGUAGCAGCUGAAAAGCCAUAAAAACCUUAUUUUAUAAUUUGUUAGUUAACAAUCAAGUAUGUUGAUGCACAACUGCAUAUAAAAGUGUAAAGAAUAUUUCUCAAAAUUUUAAUGAUGAAUAUCACAUUUAUAAUCAGCAGUCUUCUUUUUCAAAUGACUUUUGAUCUGAGGUCUUAUAAAUCUGUACUUUUUGUAUGAUAAUGCAAUGUUAUUUUAUAAUCCAAUCAACAGAAUUUUUUUGUAUAAUUAAAUCUAUGAUGUGUCUCAAAUCAUUACAUUAUGAAAAAAAAUAUUUUACUAAUAUUUUUCAUUCUGUUGUUUGCUGUUCCAAACUAUAUGAAUGGUGUUUUCAAUAUAAAUGUAAACAGAAACAUAUCUCUUUGUAGUUGCCUACUGCAGCUUAUUGUGCAAGGCGAUAUUUUCAAACAGAUAAUUUUUUUUUCAAUGAAAGAAAUGAAUAAUAUAAUUUCUGAGCAUAAAUCUGCAGCAUUUUACUAAAUAUUAAUGUUGUAAAGUAAUUCUAAUGAAUUUAAAGUGAAAAUUUGUUUUAGGCAUUUAUAGAGAUAUUGUUAAAAAGACAACAUGUGGUUGCUAUGUUAUAAAAACUCCUUAUUUAAUUUAAAAGUUUUUUCUUUUUUUUAAAUUGAAACAUUUUGAUGUUCAUAAGAAUUUUAUUUAUUAAAUUAAUUGAAAUUUUUUUUAAUAUUUUGAGAUUUCUAUUACUCUUAUCUUAUUAGUAUUUUCUUUUUUAAAAAAAUUUCGACACCAGUAUGUUUAGUUUAUUUAAUUUUAAAAUGUUUAAUUUUAUAUAUUUCAAUUUUAGCAUCAAACGUUUUAAAUUUGUCAGUCUGUGACCACUUUUAUUGAAAAUUAAUAUUUUUUAAAUUAAUAUAUUAAUCAACACCUUUAUAGAGCAAACAAUGACUUAUGUAUUUAAAGUUACAUAAGUCAUUACUCAACUUUAUAAUUUGCAUGUGUUUUAUUUUUUGAUUUACAUCUUCAACUGUUUCAUAUUACACUAUUUUAAGUUGUUUAUACAAUAUUUUUUAGGAAUUGUAUCUUUCUUUUUUACCAUUAUAAAUGUAAUAAACACCUAUUUAUUUAUUAUUUUUUUUUUUGGAAAUUAAAUCAAUGACUUUAAUUUACAAUGAAUGUUUUGUUUCCUUGACUUUGUAAACUGUUUAUAAACCUUUAAAGUAUUUCUUGCAGAUAAAUUUUUAAGUCUAAUAUAUUUGUAUUUAUUUGAUUUUUGUUUUGACAUCAAUUUAAGAUUUUAUAAACAUCUUGUUGUUUUGUUUAUAUUUAGACAAUUACACUAGAUUAUUAAAAUUUUGUCUAAAUAUAUUAUUUUAAAAAAAUUAUGAAAUUAUAUUGCCACCAGAGAAAUAUUUUUUGAAGAUUUAUUUCAAGAUAGUUUUUGUCUCAUUUCAUUAACAAUUUUUUUUUAACAACUUACAUGAAUAUUAGGAUUUUCAGCUUAUCUCAAACUCAGUGGCGCUGCAGUCCGAGGAGGGCCGAGGCGUAACAUCUCAGUUCUCUCGACCUUUGGAUCUCGGGUGCAGAUGUUCCGGCUGAAUGAUUAGCCUAAUGUGGAACUCUGUGUGUUUAGUCUUUACUAAACCUGAGUCUAAUUACUAAAACCUGGAGCUAGGAAUCCAGUCUCCAAUUUCUUAGGGCCCUUGUGAGCAUCUAAAUAAUGGAAGUAAAACUUAUUUUUGUAAUUUUUUUUUUUAAAGUAAUUAAAAAUUUUUGAUUUUAAAUGUUUAAAAAUAUUUUUUAGAAAUCAUUAAAAAUAUUUUUUAUAUUUUUAAAGCAAAUUUUGGGAGAAAAAAAUUAAAAAACUAAGUAGCUUUUGUUGCAUUAUUACUUUCUAAAAACUAUCGACUGUUCAAAACACAAUGUAGUGCUUCCCUCUAUGCUGAAAAUUGGGGGGGGGGGAGGAAAUCUCCCUGUUGCCCGCUCUCAAAUCUAUUUCUAUUUUUAUCUAUUUUCUUUUUUGCUUGUUCAUUGCCGCAAUACUUAUUUGAAACCCCUAAAACGCAAACUUUUUUGAACAGGAUUCAAAUAAUGUAUAUUAAAAAUGAUUGCAAAACAUCCGACAUAAAUGAGUGAUGAGUCCGUUCUAUUCAUUACUUUUGAAUCAGAGUUUCUUUUUCAAAGAACUGGUUAGUGAAAUGUAAUAAAGAUGUGUAUAAGGAGAAACACUGCACUAAAGUAUGGUUGUGUAUAGACUAUGCAUAUGUAAUUUUUUUAAGGAAUAAAAUAUGUUGACUAGUUUUUA